UCUGUCACCUCCAAUGCCAAAAAUCCUCUACAGGGAAAAAAGAGGAAGAAAAAACUACAGAGGAGAAAAGAUCAUUAGUCUUUACAAAGCUCUGAUGCGGCGGAAAUUCAUAAUGGAAUUUGGAUAAUUAAACCUCAGAGAUCGUCCCUCUAUUUCGUAUGCAAAAAGUUCAAGUUUUGCUUUGAUUUCUGGGGAAAGAAGUCCUUACCUUUUAAGGAACAAUGUCUAUUGCUAGUGUUGCUCUGAGUCCUGUGUUUGAGGAUAAUUUGAACUUAGCCGGCUGUUUGUCAGCCCAACAUGGUUCCUGGUCGAAUGAUUCAAUCUUGAUCUUUCUGACUGUGGCUGGUUCUGUAAUUCCCUUGCGUGUUAAGGAAUCCGACUCUAUUGCUUCUGUGAAAUUAAGAAUCCAGACAUACAAAGGUUUCUUUGUGAAGAAGCAAAUGCUUGUCUUUGAAGGCAAGGAGUUGGCUCGGAACAAUUCCUGUGUGAGGGACUAUGGAGUCGCUGAUGGCAACAUUUUGCAUUUGGUUCUUCGUCUGUCUGAUUUACAAGCAAUUACUGUUAGGACAGUGUGUGGUCAGGAGUUUGAGUUCCAUGUGGAGAGAAAGAGAAAUGUUGGUUAUGUGAAACAGCAGAUUGCAAAGAAGGGGAAGGGUUUUUGCAAUCUAAAGGAACAGGAACUAAUAUUUGAUGGUGAAGAAUUAGAAGAUAAGAGGCUGGUAGAUGAUAUUUGUAAACGCAACGAUGCAGUUCUGCACUUGCUGGUGCGUAAAUCAGCUAAAGUACAGGCUAGAGCAGUGCAAAAAGAUUUUGAAGUUUCGAUUGUAGCAUCAUCAAAUGAGAAUGGGGCUGAUGCAGUAGAGAAGCUACAAGAGAAUAUUCAGGUUUCCCCACUCAAUACCGUGCCGAGAAGUUUUAUUUUGGAACCAUUGAUUGUUAACCCUAAGAUCACACUAUCGCCUGUGGUUAAGCAGCUGAUUGGUGGCACUUUCGACGGCAUAGAGAAGGGUCACCAACCAAUUAGGUCUUCUGAGGGAUCAGGGGGUGCUUAUUUCAUGCUAGAUUCAUGUGGUCAGAAUUAUGUCUCUGUUUUUAAACCAAUAGAUGAGGAGCCUAUGGCUGUGAAUAAUCCCCGGGGGCUGCCAUUGUCUGUAGAUGGUGAGGGAUUGAAGAAGGGCACACGUGUAGGAGAAGGGGCAUUAAGGGAGGUUGCAGCAUACAUUUUGGAUCAUCCCAAGUCGGGACCUCGCUCAACUUGUAGCGAUGAGAAGGGUUUUGCUGGAGUUCCUCCCACAAUUAUGGUCAAGUGUCUCCAUACCGGUUUCAAUUAUGUAGAAGGUUGUGAAUAUUCAUCCAAGCGUCUUAAGAUUGGGUCGCUGCAGAUGUUCAUGAAAAACUGUGGAAGUUGUGAGGAUCUUGGUCCUCGUGCUUUUCCUGUUGAUGAUGUACACAGGAUCUCAGUGCUGGACAUAAGGUUGGCGAAUGCAGACAGGCACGCGGGAAACAUUUUGGUUCAGAAAGAUGAUAAGGAUGGUCAGCUUGUGCUUAUUCCAAUUGAUCAUGGCUACUGCUUGCCUGAAAAUUUUGAAGAUUGUACUUUUGACUGGCUGUACUGGCCUCAAGCACAACAACCUUACUCUGCCGAAACAAUUGCUUACAUAAACUCUCUUGAUGCCGAGAAAGACAUUGAACUUCUGAAGUUUCAUGGCUGGACCCUAUCCCCUGCAUGUGCACGCGUACUUCGUAUCUCAACUAUGCUUCUGAAGAAAGGUGCAAAAAGAGGGCUCACACCUUUUGAUAUUGGAAGAAUCAUGUGUAGGGAGACACUAAAGAAGGAAUCUGUCAUUGAGCAGAUAGUUGAAGAAGCACAAGAGGGUGUGCUCCCAGCAACAAGUGAGGCAGCAUUCUUGCAAUCUGUUUCGAUGGUCAUGGAUCGACACCUUGAUGACUUGAUUAAGUAAAACGCAUGAAGAUGUAGAUUUUUUGUGAAUAAACUGAUUAAGAAAAAUGUUUGAAGAUGUAGAUUUUUGUGCAUAUGUUAUUUCCCGAGUUCUCAAUGUGUCUUUAUGCAUUACUCGGGUGUUCAUACAAUUUCCUGCCUGCAGAUAAGGGCCUAUAACUUGACAUGUUUUAGGUUUUGCUUAUUGUGGUACUAUGACUUGAUAAAUAUUUUUCUAUUAUAUAGAAAAGCCAAGUGUGGUCGAUCAAUGGCAUAACUGUAAUUUUAGCUCAA